CGUCGUGACAACUCUCUCACUACACCUCCUCAUCUCACUGUAUUUUAUUGCUCAAUUCAAAAUGUCGUGGCUAUCUAUCCCCGCCGAGUCUCACUUCUCCAUCGCCAACAUCCCCUUUGGCAUCAUCUCUACUUCAUCAAACGCUACGCCUCGACCUGCUGUUGCUAUCGGCGAUCAUGUUUUAGACCUUGAUGCUUUUGCAAAGGGAGAUGGAUUCUCGGGUAGUUCUGAGAUUCAGAAGCACGCUGAUGUGUUUUCUCAACAAUCCCUGAAUGCUUUUGCUGCUCUCGGUCGUCCAUUUCAUCGCGCGACAAGGAGUUAUCUCCAGGAUGUCUUUGCAAAAGAUACCAAGAACCCAGUACUGAAGGAUAACCAGAAACUUCAAGACGCUGCCCUUCUGAAGCGCUCUGAUGUUAAGAAUCACCUUCCUUUGACCAUUGGAGAUUACACCGACUUUUACGCUGGCAAGAAUCACGCUUUCAACGUCGGUUGUCUCUUCCGUGGUCCCGACAACGCGCUCCAACCCAACUACACUCAUCUCCCCGUCGCUUACCACGGAAGAGCCAGCAGCGUUGUCGUAUCAGGCACACCAAUCCGACGACCCUGGGGACAAAUCCUACGUCCUGGUAACAAGGUUCCUGACCUCGCGCCAUGUGAGAGGCUUGACAUUGAGCUCGAGAUGGGCAUGUUUAUCUGUCGUGAGAACGAGAUGGGAAGUCCUGUUCCUAUUGACGAAGCUGAUGAGCAUAUCUUUGGUUAUGUUCUCAUGAAUGACUGGAGCGCACGAGAUAUCCAGGCUUGGGAAUAUGUGCCUCUUGGUCCUUUCACGGCUAAGAACUUGGGUACGAGUAUUAGUGCCUGGGUCGUGCUGGCUGAUGCUCUUGAGGGGGCGAAGGCAGCUGGUAUCAAGAAUGAUAAUGAAAUCCUGCCUUAUCUAAAGGAGAAGGAGGAGAAUAAUGUCUUGGACAUUGACCUCGAGGUCGAAAUCAUCACUGCCGCUGGUAACAAGAACCAUCUGAGCAAGACCACCUCGCGUAACCUGCUCUGGUCAUGGCCUCAGAUGAUUGCCCAUCACACCAUCACAGGCUGUAACCUUCGACCUGGUGAUCUUCUUGGAUCAGGUACUAUCUCCGGUACUGAGUCUGGUACCGAGGGUAGUAUGUUGGAACAGACCAAAGGCGGCAAGGUUCCCAUUCAAUUGAAGGACGGCGAGGAGCGCAAGUUCAUCCAGAACGGCGAUACACUGAUCAUUCGCGGUGCUUAUGGAAGUGGUGAUAAGAAGGUUGGUUUUGGCGAGGUUUCGGGGCAAAUCCUUGAGCCUCAUCCUCUGUUCAAGUGAAGCAAGUUUGGGGAAACGUAUAGGUAGUAUGAAAAGCUAAAUAGACUUUACUUGCAUCAAUUCGUUUGCCAUCUUUGUAUGGAUUCUACCCAUAGCUUAGAAUGCCAGAUCACGGCAGCGUAUAACUCCUU